AUGUCCGCACUUUGUCGCCCGAUCAACUUAACAGAGGUAAAUCCGCCAGUCUUAGUCACAGGACAGUCUCCAGAAAAACCCUGUUUAUCCUUGCAUGAAAAGAGCCCGUCAAUUGAUGCAACCCCGCGACCUGCCGUUGUAUCGAGUGGUCUUCAAGAAAAGAAGACGGCAUUCACUUUAACACCGGAUCAGGUAGCUGCCAGUGAUUACCACACUCUAAAAGGUUUACCCUGGGAAGACCAGAAACUACUAGUUUCUCUGAUGCCAUGGGACAGAGCAGCAUCUCUCGCACUUCAUUUGAAAUCACAUGCAGAUGAAAGUGGCUCUGAAAACCUGUUGAUUUUGUGCAAUCUUAGAUUAGAGAAGCUGGGUGUUGGGCCGUUGCCAGAUGGCUGGAAGACGUCGGAUAGGAUACCGACACUGUCUGGAUAUUCUCCUACCAGUUUUCCGCCGUUUUCAUCUUUCGAUAUGGUCGAAGUUCCAUUUUUUCCCAAGUCGUUGGCUGAUGUAAAAACUAUGGCAGAAAAAUUAACCGCUCUCAAAACUUCGUCGAAUAUUCCUGAAGGACCAUCACGACUACUUCUUCGUUUCGAUCCGCGGUAUGUUACCAUCGACCAUAGCUUAUACAAAGUGGCGAAAAUUACAGGUGCAUAA